UAAAAGAGAAACAACAGGGUAAGAUAUAGAAGAUACUUAAACAGAAGAGACACAACAGUGGACAUUUUAUUACUUUUCUAUAACAAUAAUAUAGACACAGAGAUGGUUAUGUGGUUAAGAAGUUCACUUCCUGGUCACGUGGUUCCAGGUUCAGUCCCACUGCAUGGCACCUUGGGCAAGUGACUCCUACAUUAACCUCAAGACAACCAGAAUCUUGAGAGUGGAUUUGGUAGACCAAAACUGAAAGAGAUUAUCAAAUGACCUCUGCAUCACAGAAUUUUUAUAUAAACAAUGUCAUUCGUAUUGAAUGUCUUUUAAAAACUGAGCAAAAGAUGUUAUACAUAACACGUAUAACCCUGUUUCUAUAAAUAUAUACUGAAUUACUGCAAAGUAUAUCUUCUGAAUUGAUAUAUGUAGCAAACUUUCUCUUCUUUAUUGUCUGGAAGACACAGAAAAUUAUAUUUGUAUUUUAAUUAAUCCUUUAGCAUUUCAACUGACCAUAACAGUACCAAAUAUUCUUGCUAUUUUAUGUUAAAACUGCCCACAUCUGACCCCUUACACUCACCCUGCAAUGUCAUUGUAAACAUAAAGAAUCCCAUCAUUGAAAUCUGAACAUGAUAAGAUAAUGAAUGAUUAAUUCAAAAGAAUUUGAAUAAAUAAGUAUUACAUCUGACAGAGUAAUCGGAAUGUUAAAGAGUUAAAGCAAUUAACAAGGCAGCUUGCAGCAUCUUCAGAUAUUAACAAAGAACACUAUUGAUGGAGAUAAAUCAGUAGAAAUAUUUAAGAGCAAUAUACGAGAAGAAGGAAAAUAUUUGUGUACUGUGACGAGAGAAACAAAGAUUAUGGAAAAUGAAUUAUAUUGGAGUGAAGUUGAAUGUAAAAAAAGAGUCUGAAGAAAUUGAUUUUCCUGAUGAGGAAAAGAAUGAAAGGGACAAAACAUCAUAUAACUGUGAUACUUGUGGUAAAUUAUUCUCUCGGAAAGCUGACUUAGUCAUUCACCAACGUGUUCACACAGGAGAGAAGACAUAUCAUUGCGAUAUCUGUGGUAAAUCAUUUUCUCAGAAUGGUAACUUGACUUACCACAAAUGCAUUCAUACAGGGGAGAAGCCAUAUCAUUGCGAUAUCUGUGGUAAAUCAUUUUCAGAAAAUAGUAACUUGACUAGCCACAAGCGUACACAUACAGGAGAGAAGCCAUAUCAUUGUCAUAUCUGUGGUAAAUCCUUCUCUGUAGGAAGAUUAUGGAAAAUGAAUCAUAUUGGAGUGAAGAUGAAUAUAAAAGAGUCUGAAGAAAUUGAUUUGCUGCUCUUGGUCCUGGCGAAUCCUGAUAAUUGUUUUGUAUGCUGUGGAAGACAUGGGGGAACUCCUUUCCAGAGAGUUCCAUUAUUUUUGCCUAUAAACUGUUUUUCUGUGUUCCUGGUAGCCUGCUGUUCAUCUUCAUCAUUAUUAACUUUGUAGGGAAAGGCGUCACUACAACUUCAUCUGUUUCUUCCAAAGAACCAUCUGCAGAAGUCUGCAACCAUCUGCUUCAGUUUCUCCCUCUGCUAUAUUCUCUUCUUCCUCUUCAGAUUCCUCAUCAUCUGGUUCUUCGUCAAGAAAUGAUCCUCAUUCUUCUAUCAUCAUCAUUAUCGUUUAACGUCCACUUUCCAUGCUAGCAUGGGUUGGACGAUUUGACUGAGGACUGGUGAAACCAGAUGGCUACACCAGGCUCCAAUCUGAUUUGGCAGAGUUUCUACAGCUAUAUAUACACAUAUAUAUAUUUAUAUACAUACAUAUAUGUAUAUCAUCAUCAUCAUCAUUUAACGUCCGCUUUCCAUGCUAGCAUGGGUUGGAGGAUUUGACUGAGGACUGGUGAAACCAGAUGGCUACACCAGGCUCCAAUCUAAUUUGGCAGAGUUUCUACAGCUGGAUGCCCUUCCUAACGCCAACCACUCCGAGAGUCUAGCGGGUGCUUUUCACGUGCCACCCGGCAUGAAGGCCAGUCAGGCGGUACUGGCAACGGCCACGCUCAAAAUGGUGUAUUUUACGAGCCACCUGCACAGGAGCCAGUCCAGGGGCACUGGCAACGAUCUCGCUCGAAUGUCGUCUAAUUCUCCCUCAAUAUUUCUAUUUGUAUUUCUUAGUCUAUUGUGAAUCUGAAAGGAAAGGUUUCUCACUUUUAUAACAUUCAGAACCAUCUAAUAACAAAACAGAAUGUUGGUCAGUUGAUGAUAAUAUAUAAUUUUAUGCAAGAAAUAAUUAGUCUUUCACAUAUGAAAAUAAAUAAAAUAAACAAUAGUAAAUAAAUAAUAAAUAAAAGGAAACAAAAA